UGUGGUGAUGGCCCGCACGAAGCAGACAGCGCGCAAGUCGACGGGCGGCAAGGCGCCGCGCAAGCAGCUGGCCACUAAGGCGGCCCGCAAGAGCGCGCCGGCCACAGGCGGCGUGAAGAAGCCGCACCGCUACCGGCCCGGCACGGUGGCGCUGCGCGAGAUCCGGCGCUACCAGAAGUCCACCGAGCUGCUGAUCCGCAAGCUGCCGUUCCAGCGCCUGGUGCGCGAGAUCGCGCAGGACUUCAAGACCGACCUGCGCUUCCAGAGCUCGGCCGUCAUGGCGCUGCAGGAGGCGUGCGAGGCCUACCUCGUCGGCCUCUUCGAGGACACCAACCUGUGCGCCAUCCACGCCAAGAUGUCUGGUCGCGGCAAGGGCGGGAAGGGCCUGGGCAAGGGCGGCGCCAAGCGCCACCGCAAGGUGCUGCGCGACAACAUCCAGGGCAUCACCAAGCCCGCCAUCCGCCGCCUGGCCCGGCGCGGCGGCGUCAAGCGCAUCUCGGGGCUCAUCUACGAGGAGACCCGCGGCGUGCUCAAGGUCUUCCUGGAGAACGUCAUCCGCGACGCCGUCACCUACACGGAGCACGCCAAGCGCAAGACGGUCACGGCCAUGGACGUGGUCUACGCGCUCAAGCGCCAGGGGCGCACGCUCUACGGCUUCGGCGGCUGA